AUGGCCGCUCUGAUUCCUGCCAUCGCCUCGCUCCCACGAGCACAAGUCGAGAAGCCGCACCCCAUGCCCGUCUCCACCCGACCAGGACUAGUAUCCAGCAAUAGACCUUGGGUUCGUUGGGGAAGGAGCCGAGUUGACUUUGGUUGCCCCCUGGACGUCGGACUCCCCAGCCCACCCAUCACCACCACCAGACAUGUGCGUGCAGCUCGCGCCAGAGCUUCAGCCGAUGCGGUGAUAGUCGAAGACAAAGUUGGGGAGACCAAGCCCAACAACGAAGACUACGGUACCCUCUUUCCGGAUGCCGCGUUUCCGCGCCCGGCUGCCUCCGCGUUGUCUGUUCCCGAGCAGCUUGCGCCUUCGCUGAUGUAG